AUGAUCCUGGGACUGGAUGCUACAGUAGAGAUGGAGAGACCUCUACGGAAAAAGGGCAGGAAUAAUACAAGUGCUACCAAAGCCAUGGUCUAUAAAUGCAAUUGUUGCGGCAGGAAGACCAGACAUUCUAUUCCUCCGGCUCCAAAACCACACAGGCCUAAGCCAGGAUCAUUAAAAGCUACCUCCGCCUCCGCUCCACCAUCCGCGAUCUCCCAAAAAACUACGACCUCCUCUACAACGGCAGCUUCAAAUCCCUCCAGCAGAAAGCGGCCUAACAAGAAGCAAGGCGGUUUGAAGGCUCUUCUGGCGAAGCAGAAGGCUUCACAGAGUUCCUCUUCGUCUGGUUUUGGUCUGGAUCUAAUGGACUUCAUGAGCAAAGGGUAA